GAACAUAGUCGAAGAAAGGUAAGAGACACGUCCAGAUACGUCAAAUAUGGCGGAAGCCGUUGUGGACGGGAGUCCGAUGUCUCGAUUUUUUUGCCACAAAUGCAGUGUCGAAAUUGAGCGUUUGUUGCCAAAUUACACAUGUCCACGAUGUGCAAGCGGUUUUAUCGAAGAGCUCGAAAGCAGCAGCAAUGAGGGGAGUUCGGGCAUGGAUGUAAACAGUGAAGAUCUGAGUGAUGUGGAUGUUGAUAUCUUAGGAUAUAACUCUUCACAUCGUUCUGAUCGCGAUCGUGACAUAAUAGAAAUGAUAAUGGGACUUUCAAAUACAUAUACCAAUCAACAGUCAAAUGCCACUCAACAACCGGGUACAGGUAACCGAAAUUAUGUGCUUGGGAGUAGAAGAAGAUCUAAUUGGUCUCGUGCUCCUCAAGAGGGACGUCGUGCCGCCAGCAAUCGUAGAAGACAGGAGAGUCUACAGGUGCCUAUAGAGAAUUUCAUACAAGAUUUUAUUCUCAAUCUCUCGGGAGCAGCGAGCCUAGGCCACUCGGUGGGACAAGAUUCUCAACCAUCUGUAUUCAAUAUUAGACUGUUCUUGGGAAAUCCUGGAGAUUAUGUUUGGGGUCGUGAUGGAUUAGAUGCUAUCGUUACCCAAUUGUUGAAUCAAAUGGACGGUACUGGACCUCCACCUUUACCGCGCAAGCAGAUUGACGAAAUACCUACAACUACUAUAUCACAAAGCCAAGUUGAUUGUAAAUUACAAUGUUCCGUUUGUUGGGAAGACUUCAAGCUAUCUGAACCCGUUAGACAGUUACCUUGUCAACAUGUUUAUCACGCACCAUGCAUUGUACCCUGGUUGGAAUUACAUGGAACUUGUCCCAUUUGCAGACAAAAUUUGGGAGAUCAAAACUCGGCUGAAGCCAAUCAAGCUACUGGAACUAGCUUAGCUGAAUCCGCUUUAGCCGGAACUAGUUUUGCUGCUUUAUUUAGAGCAGCAAAUGAAGCAAAUCGAACAGGACAACCAAUCAGCCGAACAUCGUCUACUUCAUCAUCUACUUCAUCAUCUACAGAGUAGUUCCAAUACUUGUUGAAAUUUGAGAGUGAUAUUUUUCAUUCAAUUACCUAUUUAACCGAAUGUAUAUCUAUUUUCAACACACUGAUACCAUUUCUGGCACUUUUUGUCUUUAGUAAUGCAUAUAUAUCUCUCUUUACAGAUAAUAUAAGAUAUUAACUACAAAAUUUAAAUCAUUAGCUCUUAAACGUAAUUGAUAUUGUCUUAACUUGAAGUGCUGUGUUCAAAAAGAUAGUUUCAUUUUGCUUUCGGCCAAUUGUAAGCAUAAAUCGAUAUCAGUUUAAAUCGGUUUGUUUGACUCUUUUAAAGAAGAUUGAAUUGGACACUAGAUUGUCUCAUAUGAUCCUUAAUAAUAUCAUUUGAUUCAGUAUCUGUAAAUACUUGAUUCAAUAAUUCUUGUGAAAUGUGCCACGCAUUGACGAAUUAUGAGCGUUAUUACGUCUCUAAUAAAAAGAGACUUUUUUUAUGUUCUAAUGUCAGUAAAAUUGGAGGCGCAAUUUACGUUUAUUAUAAAGAUUAUUUAUAUAUGAGUAUUUUUGUUUUGAUUGGCAUUAAUUCUAGCAAACUCCGAACGGUAGAUAAUUUUCUAAUACUUGUAUUAUAUUUAGAUUAAAAGAAAAGAGAGAAAAUUAUUUUUAUGUCGCCGAGACUCAGUAAAAUUGAUACAUACAUUAUUUAAUGACUGUAAAUGAGUUUAAAAAUUCGCAAUUUAGGGGACAAACAACUAUUAAAUUCAAACGGACAAGUGCGAUGCAAUAUAUAUAUAAGUAUUGAAUACCAUGAAUAUCGUGAAUAAAUACCGUGUGCAUUAAACAGAACAAAUUGAUCGAGGAUAGAAGAUACUGUUUUCUCUGCAGAAAUACAUUUAGAACUCAUUAAAAUACAUCACAUGAAUCAACAAAUCAUUAUAAAAAGCUGACAGAGUUAACUAAAACAAAUGCACAUCAAAAUUACAUUAUUUCGUUUUUUACUUUUUUUUUACUUUAGUAAGAAUAAAGUAUACUGAAGAUAAAUAAUCAUUUAAAAAAAAUUUUUUUUAAGCUUUAUGUAACUGUCAAUGACUGUCAUAUUACAUGCAUGUAUACACAAUCUUGAUUUCCAUCUGAGUCUCGACGAAUAAAGGUACGAGUAUGGAACGAAUAGCCUUCGUUUCAAUCAUCUUGAUGUCUAAAACCGUUUCAUGCGAAAUUUCCCUGCUAAUUUUCAGAAAAAUGAUUUUUACAAUACAAUGAUACAAAUGAUAUAAGACAUGGCACGAGUAACACCAGAUUCUAUCGUGCAUAAGUACGCAGCGUACCUACAUACUUCUGUAACAAAGAUGAUAUACUUGAGAGAGAAUAUGCGCAUCCUUGAAGAUAAACCCUUACACUGCAGCAAUUGAUACAGUUACACAGUUGUAUAAACAUAAGAUAGAUUAUAGUGUAAAAAAUAUAAUUAGCGUUCAAAUAAUAUAUCUAAAUUUUUUGGCCGAUGUGUCGCGCGUAUAUGAAAUGGAGCGUCUUUACUUGUGUUACGCGAUGGACAACGUACUAGUAUGCGUUUAUAUAACAAAAAUAUCAAGUUAUAUGCUACUAAACAUCUACUCAAAUUUUAUGCUUUGUAUACUCUAUUGCGCGUUUUCCUAAACUUCAACGAUAAUCCACUACUUAUUUUGAAAAGAAAAAAAAAGUAUUUCAAUACUAAAAUAAAGAGAGUGUUAAGAUUGAAUGAAGUUUAGCUUAUGCAAACUUACAACUACUAGCAUCUGAUUUCUUUCUUUCGAUAAACAGAACGGAGAUAAAGAAUACCAAUAUGCCUACAUAGGCAAUGAUUUAUAUUGCAUCCAUAAUAGAUCACAAUUUAAUUUUUGUUUUAACAACAAGAAAAAGAUUCUGUGUACUCUUGCAAAACCUAAUAUCCCGUCAAACCCGCAAGUCUGCACAUUUAUAUCUAAAGUGAAUACAAAUCGUUUUAUUGUCAAUUAAGUAAUUGCGAAAAUGUCAAAUGUACAGUUAGGAGCAUCGAAAGCUAUCCAUUCGGGUACCUCUCAGUUUUUAAAAGCAUCUACUACUACUUCUUUAUUUCUCCAUUUUUUUUCUUGGAUAUUAGAUGAAGAUUUGGCGUCCACCUCCAUCUACUAAUCUUCAUCCGAUAUUCAAGAGAAAAUGGAAAAGUAAAGAAUGUAGUAAAUAAUUUUGGAAAGUGGUAAAGGCAUCCGAGUGGAUAGCUUUUGAUGCUCCUGACUGUACAUUAAAAUUUUCAGAUUAAUUGGACCUUUUAGUUAUAUAUAUAUUUUUUUCUUUAUAUAUAGUGAAAAUACGUCAAUUACAAAAAAAAAUAUCUGUUGCAAUGUGGUCACUGAGAUCAACAUUUGGUUCAGUUGCAAAAUAAAUACAUUA